AUGGGCCGGUGGAGAGAACUGCUUUUGCCUGUGGCAGCCCUGGCUCCUUUAUCCAGCGCCGUGGAUAUCACUAGCACAUUUACGACAGUCUUCCCAACCACCGCCGUCGUCACUUCCUCCUCGGCGGUCGCGGGCUGCAGCGUUGCGCCUUCCAUGCAGAUCACCUGUAACAAUGGAUACUACAACACAUAUGGGGCAGUGUGGCAGGAGACCUGCGCAGCCUCGUACAGUGGUGGCACCCUCAUCCUGAGCAGCUCCGCCCUUUCACUACGGGCUUGUGCAUCGGCCUGUGCCGUUCGACCUGCUUGUAGCGCGGCCUUGUAUGGUGGCAAUAUGUGUUAUCUACUCCAGGGCGAUGUGACCGUCACUCCCGGCGGACCGUACCAAGUAGCACUCCGUUAUGCGCCCACGGCUAGCCCUUGUGUCUCGACCUGGCUGGUCACGGAAACGUACACGCUCUACUACGUCUUUUACGCCCACCCCCGUGACGCCUACUUCGACGCCUACUCUGACGCCUACUCUGACGCCUACUCUGACUCCUACUUCGACGCCUACUCUGACGCCUACUCUGACGCCUACUCCGACACCUACUUCGACGCCUACUUCCUCGCCUACUUCCUCGCCUACUUCCUCGCCUACUUCCUCGCCUACUUCCUCGCCUACUUCCUCGCCUACUUCGACCCCUACUUCGACAUCGUCCACGCCAUCUUCGACGCCGUCGGGUACCUCUUCCUCAACACCGCUGAUCCGGUCGUCGACCAUCAUUUCUUCCAUCCAUCUGUUCCCUCAACCUCAUCCGAUGAGUCUGCUUCUGGUCCGAACGCAUCUGCAACACAGCCCGCCGCUAGCUCAACCGCCCUUGCUACCACAACUGUAACGCCAAGUGGAUCGUCUCCUUCGACUCAGUCCUCGGAGGAAUUGAGCGGGAGCACACCAAGUACUUCAACCUAUACCGUCACGUCAACUGAAGUCCACACAAUCACUUCUUGUGCUGCUGCAGUGACCAAUUGCCCUCUACACCAACAGACGACAUUCUUGACCACCGAGACAAUUACCUAUGUCACGACAGUUUGUCCCGAGGUUGCCCAAGCCACAGGCUCUGUGGCAACUCUUCCUCAUACCAGUGUGACCCAGGCUGCCAUCCUCCAUCACACUACUACGCAGACCACUAGUGCUUCUUCAAUUCAAGGCACAGAUACUGGUGUGCCUCCUUCGCAUAUGACUACCUCGACCAUCUAUGCUACGGUGAUCGACAUAGUCACCGCCUGCCCUCCUUCCAUCCAAAAUUGUCCCGUCGGGCAGCAGAGCACCUACACCACGAGCAGGACCGUUGCUGCCUAUACGACGACAUAUUUGGUCGUGGUCACGGAUUCUGCACAUGUCUCUCAGUCUACGAACGCUUCACUGCAGCCCGUGGCAGUCCCUAUCCUCUCGCUCGCGCAUCCGCACAUCCCCGGCCAUGGACCAACUGGUGACACUAACUACACUAUGUCACACGCUCCAUCCUCUAGCGCUUGGAAAGCUGGGGCCGCAUCUUCUGGUUCUACCCAGGCAGCUACGCACGUCACAACAAUGAACACGGUUUCCGGGCAAACAACCUCUUCUGUGACGAGUAUACCUGGCAGCCUCUUUACCGGAGACGCUCCCAAGAUGGGACAUUUCUCUACACUGUUCACUGUGGUGGCUGUGCUGUCCACUCUCUUUUUCUUCUAG